GAAGAAAUAUGUUUCCUUGGUAACUUGCAUUAUUGAUCAUCAUCUCAGACAUCAGGUGGAGGAAAACAAGUCUCUCCUUGUUAUUAUAUAAUGUCUCGUUCGCCGCCGGAGUUCGUGAAGCGGUGUUCUGGCUUUGCUCCCUUGUUCUGCAUUUUAGGACCCAUAACGCAAUUCCAAUUCCUGAGUCUAUCGUGAAGGUCGGAGAUUAUUAUUAUUAGACAUCAGGAAUCUGCGGUCGAAAUAAGGAAUAUUGGGUAAGAAGAAGUUCUCCACUUGCAGUCGUGGGAUUUGUCAACCUCCCCACGCUGCUGCAGGAACCGGUCACGUUCGGCGAAGAUGGUGCUGGCUGCGAUACGAGUCGGACUGGCUGUGUGGUUGUUGGGAGGGGGGUUGGCAUUAUCUGCGCCGCUCGAAAAGCGAGGCAAUUUGAGGCCCGUAAUAAGCACUGAUGUAAGGGAAAUGUCUCGAUGGCACUGUGAGGAGCAGAAUGAUGACUGACUCUGCUACAGUUCGCAGAUCCGUCUAUCAUCAAGGUUGGAGAUACUUGGUAUGCAUUUGCUUCGCAGUCGGUACAUGACUACAAGAAUAUCAAAGUUCAGCUGGCGACCUCGAAGGACUUCAACUCCUGGACAGUCACUGGAAAGGAUGCACUCGGCAAGAUGGGUCCCUGGGUACAAGCAAAUAGUCCGGAGGUGUGGGCUCCUUCCGUAAGUCGAAGACCUGAUGGCAGAUUCUUGAUGUAUUAUUCUGCCGUGACGCAGACCGCUGGUAACGGACGUUUCCAUUGUGUGGGUACUGCUGUAGCGGACCAUGUUGAAGGACCUUAUAAUUCGAACACCGAUCAACCAUUUGCGUGUCCGACAGAUCAAGGCGGUGCUGUGGAUGCUUCAUAUUUCCGGGACGGCAACAACCACUAUGCUCUUUACAAAGUCGACGCAAACGCAUUAGGUAAUGGCGGAUCAUGCGGAAACGGGCGGGCACCUAUAAAGAAGACCCCGAUCAUGAUCCAGCAAGUACAGGCGGACGGAACGACAAAAAUUGGUGGUCCAGUACAAUUGAUCGAGAAUGGUUUGCAGGACGGGCCACUUGUUGAGGCGCCGUACAUGAUUAAGAACAGCGACGGCGUGUACGUGCUGUUUUUCUCAUCGAACUGCUGGCUCACGGACAAGUACGAUGUCGCUUAUGCUACCAGCCAAAGCCCUCUGGGACCUUUCGACAAACGGAAUGCACCGCUGUAUGUGACUGGAACGCAAGGAAUGAUCGGACCCGGCGGUGCCAGUGUGGCAGAGGACGGUGUACACAUCGUCUUGCACGGAUAUGAGGAUCGCAAUCGAGUUGGCGGCGGCAGACGAUCUCUGUACGUGACGAGAAUCAAUGCGAGAGGACGGAAAGUCGUGCCGGCGUAAUAUCUGAGAGCAUUUGUUGGAGUCACUGCCAGCGUCAUAUUGCAU